AUGGCUUCUGGGACACAACAACAAAUACGUUACGUGGUAAUUGAUGAGAACUUGGAAGGUGAUGCUAACUCGUGCAGCUAUUCGUUCACGCUACCAGGCCCCGGAGCGCCACCUGGCAACGCAGUACCACCACCGCCACCGCCGCCACCACCGCUCUCACAGCAAUCUGUGAUCUGUGAUCUGGAAAAUUCAUUUUCUGCCUGCCUAACAGUUCUCGUUGCAGCAUCAGCGCCAACAGUAUGGAUGGGUAAUUCACCGCGAUUGGAAGUGCCUGCAUCAAGCAACAUUCACUAUUUGGCGCGAUGCGGUGUAUGUGAUGCUCUUUUCGAUGCCAAAGAAUAUCUCAGCCAUACUCAGACCUGUAAGCUGGAAAAGUAUUACAAGUAA